AUGUCAUCAUCCACCCAGACGAUCCUCUUCCUCGGCGCCACGGGGGGCUCUGGCUUCUCCGUCCUGCGCCGGAGCAUCGCAGCCGGCCACUCGUGUAUCGCACUCUGCCGGACGCCCUCGCGCCUGACCGACAAGCUGCCCGAGUCCCUGCGCAACGCCCCGAACCUGCGCAUCGAGCAGGGCAACGUCGUGGACCGGGACGCCCUCGCCCGGUGCUUGGUCCGCCCAGACAGCCCCGCAUCCCUCGUCGACGCCGUCGUCUUCACCAUCGGCGGCGCAUUCUCCUUCUCCAGCAUGGGCAACGACCAGCCCCACGUCUGCGAGGACGGCAUGAAGGCCCUCGUCGCCGCCCUGCAAGACGCCCGCUCCACCGCCGGCGCCACCGGCAGCCCGACCAUCAUAGCCAGCACCACCGGCAUGUCCGCCCACGGCCGCGACUACCCUGCCUCGCUGUGGCCCAUCUACGGCCUGAUGCUGAAGCAGCCGCAUAAGGACAAGACCGCCAUGGAGGCACUCAUGUUUGACAGCGGCGAGCCCUUCACCAUCGUGCGCGCGAGCCUGCUGACGGACGGCGAUGAGACCAAUAAGCCCAUCCGCGUCGGCGUCGAGGACCCCAAGGCCCGCAAGCUCGAGAGCAAGGAGGUCGGCUACACCAUCUCGAGGGAGGACGUGGGCAAGUGGAUCUUUGACAACCUCCUUGCCGGUGACGGCCGCCGGUGGAAGGACAAGGUUGUUUCCAUCACGUACUGA